AUGGCAGGGGCUCGAGCUUCCCAAAGAUCGCCGGAGCAGAUCAAGAGUGAUCUUGAGAAAGAGUUCUUGUCACCUCCGACAACUUUCAAUCCAGAGUGGCUCAAUAAAUUGCAGCAAAGAUGGGACUACCUAACACCAAAUUACACCGAAGUUUGCCAGGUGGCUCCAACACAAACGAGGACAAUUACUCGGUUUACGCGAGAGGGACUUGAAGGCAAAGUAACAGGCUACAAAGAGGUCACUGUACCAGCUUCAAGUGCAACGGCAAAGAAUUCUACGUCACUUCUUCGAAGACCAGCCAAUCGAGCUGAUUUUGUCCGAGGGGCUGCGGGAUUCUUUCCAUUUGCGCCAGGUGGGCUUGAUGGAGUUGAUGCUAUCCAAGCUUACGAGGACAAGAGCCUACUGGAGGAGGAGAAUCGAACGGUCAGAAAGAAGCGUGGACUCGAUCAGAUCAUCAGCUUUGGAGGGGCGAAUGGCCUCUUGGAGAUCCCACCGGGUUUCACUCGUGGUAUGAAGUUUGCAGAUCAGAAGACGAAAGAGGCUCAAGAAGACGACGAAGAUGUCGAGAAGACACUGGCAGAGGCCGAUAAUGACACGGUUAGCACUCAGGAGCGACAAGUAAAUGGAGAAACCACACCGCCACUUACAAAUGGGACCGAGGAGACCAAGGGGGAUGAUGAUGAUGAUGACGACGACGACGACGAGGACACCGACCUCGACGACUUGCUGCCCGUCGAGUUUCCUUCUCUUGAACCGCACAGUCAAUUGACGGCAGCAUCUACAAAGAAGUCCGGACGAGAAUGGGCACAUGUAGUCGACAUCAACAAAGACAUUCCCAAUUUCCAUGAACUUGUUCCUGACAUGGCUCGGACAUGGCCUUUCGAGCUGGACACUUUUCAAAAAGAAGCUGUGUACCACCUCGAAAACGGAGACUCGGUAUUUGUGGCUGCACACACUUCGGCUGGAAAGACGGUGGUUGCAGAGUAUGCGAUUGCAUUGGCCGCAAAACACAUGACAAAGGCUAUCUACACGUCUCCAAUCAAGGCGCUUUCCAACCAAAAGUUCCGCGAUUUCAAGAAUGUCUUUGACGAUGUGGGCAUACUCACUGGCGAUGUCCAGAUCAAUCCUGAGGCUAGUUGCCUGAUUAUGACAACAGAAAUUCUGCGAAGCAUGCUGUAUCGUGGAGCUGAUCUCAUCCGCGACGUCGAAUUCGUCAUCUUUGAUGAAGUCCACUACGUCAACGACCUUGAACGUGGUGUUGUAUGGGAAGAAGUCAUCAUCAUGCUCCCUGAACAUGUCACUCUUAUUCUCCUAUCGGCCACUGUACCGAAUACCUACGAGUUUGCUUCUUGGGUGGGUCGAACGAAAAAGAAGAACAUCUACGUCAUUUCGACACCCAAAAGACCUGUUCCUCUCGAGCAUUAUUUGUGGGCUGGCAAAGAGAUGCACAAGAUAGUUGACUCUGAAAAGAGGUUCCUCCAGAAAGGUUGGAAAGCAGCGAACGAUAUUCUCUCCGGCCUCGACAAGGUGAAAGAGCAAAGAGCAAUUGAGGCGCAGACUCCGUCCCGAGGUGGUCCUCAAAGAGGCGGCCGUGGGCAACAAGCACGUGGUGGACCUCAGCGUGGCGGGUCGAACCAGCGAGGAGGUCAGAACCAAAGAGGGGGCUCGCAACAACGGGGGCAAGUCGCCAAUCGCGGACACGGAAACAUCGCACGCACAGGAAGAGGUGGUGGCAGGACAACUGCGGCCCAAGAUCGCAAUCUCUGGGUCCAUCUCGUGCAACACCUGAAAAAAGAAAAUCUUCUGCCUGCGUGUAUUUUUGUGUUCUCCAAGAAGCGAUGCGAGGAGAAUGCCGACUCUCUAUCAAACCAAGACUUUUGCACAGCCACUGAGAAGAGUGCCAUUCACAUGAUUAUAGAAAAGUCGAUUGCGCGACUGAAGCCCGAAGACCGCGGAUUGCCACAGAUCCGACGACUGCGAGAGAUGCUUGGACGUGGCGUCGCGGUACACCACGGCGGCCUCCUACCUAUUGUCAAGGAAAUCGUCGAGAUAUUGUUUGCGAGGACGUUGGUGAAAGUCUUGUUCGCCACCGAGACAUUCGCCAUGGGCCUCAAUCUCCCCACGCGAACGGUGGUCUUCUCGGGCUACCGCAAACACGAUGGACGCGAUUUUCGUAACUUACUUCCGGGCGAGUACACUCAGAUGGCUGGCCGUGCUGGUCGCAGAGGUCUUGACACGGUCGGCACGGUCAUCAUCGUCUGUCCCGGAAAAUCCGAGGCUCCUCCCGCAGGUGAACUGACUCAGAUGAUUACCGGACCCGCGACGAAACUUCGUAGUCAAUUCCGGUUGCAUUACAACAUGAUACUGAAUCUGAUGCGAGUCGAGGCUUUGAAGAUUGAGGAGAUGAUCAAACGCAGUUUCUCUGAGAAUGCGACUCAAGCUUUACUCCCGCAACAUGAGAAACAGGUGGCACUUUCACAGGCAAACCUCGACAAGAUCAAGCGUGAGCCUUGCGAUAUCUGCGACAUUGACCUAGAAACAUGUCAUGCAGCAGCCAUGAGGUUUGAACAACUGACGAAGGAGCUACACAUCAACCUACUGUCGUCGGGAGUCGGUCGCCGUCUCUGGCAAGCCCGCAAAUUGAUCGUGUACAAAAAGGACGGUAUUCGCAAAGUCGGCGUUUUGCUCGAGGACGGCUCGCGAGGCGGCCCUGUGCCUCAUCUCAACGUCCUGGAGAUUUCGGAAAUCGACCCCCAGCGAUCAACGAAAGACCUAUUGCCCUACCUCCCACGAUUCCGAACUAUGUUCACCCCGUUGCCAGACAAGCCAGAGAAAGUGAAGCAAAGCGUGAUUCAAGUGUUGCUGGACGAUGUGCAAUGCGUGACCCAGACGCUUGUCAAGGUUAGAGGACCCCCUUGGUAUCUGAAAGUCAGGAAAGUGCAAAAGAAAUUUGCCGAGGAGGAUUUUGUCAACAUGUACCCAUCGUGGGAUUCGAGCGUGUGGGAUGAGCAAGACUGGAACAAAGUGCCCGAAUUGCACGUCCGCGAACUGCUCGCCGAGAGGACCAAGGUGGCGGCUGUCGCGCAGAAUGCGCAGUGUCUUGACUGUCCCAACUUUCUGAAACAUUACGGCAUGCAGCACGACGAAUGGCUGAUCAAGGAGAACAUCGAAGCGCUGAAGAUGUUGAUGUCUGACCAGAAUCUGUCGUUGCUGCCGGACUAUCAGCAGAGAACCGAAGUCUUGAAAGAUCUGGGUUUCGUCGACGAAGAGUCUCGAGUCCAGUUGAAAGGGAAGGUUGCUUGUGAGAUCCAUUCGGCGGAUGAGUUGGUUCUGACGGAGCUGAUUCUGGAAAAUGUGUUGGCGCAGUUUGAACCCGAAGAGAUCGUCGCGCUCUUGUCGUGUUUUGUGUUCCAGGAGAAAACCGACAAUGAACCUCAGCUCAGCGAGAACCUCAAACGGGGCAAAGAGGCCAUCAUCCAGAUUGCGGAAAAGGUCAACAAGUACCAGAUCCUGCAUCAGGUCAUCCUGUCCUCUGACGAUGCCAACGAUUUCGAGUCUCGGCCGAGGUUUGGUCUGGUGGAAGUUGUGUACGAGUGGGCGAGAGGAAUGUCUUUCAAUCGCAUCACUGAUCUGACUGAUGUCAUGGAGGGGACGAUUGUGAGAGUCGUCACGAGGUUGGACGAGACGUGCAGAGAAGUCAUGAGUGCCGCGCGGCUCAUCGGGGAUCCGUCCCUGUACCAGAAGAUGGACAAGGCGAGGGAGUUGAUCCGACGAGAUGUGGUUUUUACAGCAAGUCUGUACAUGUAG